CGGGUCGCGCCUUCCAGUCCGCCCAGUCGUCUGGUCAGUUGGUCCCGAGCAGGCACCGCAAGACCAUAAAAGCCUUUGCUGGAACCGAGUGAUCGGCUUUUGUCCUUUUUCUGUCUUUACUUAAGCCCGCUUAAUCUCUACCCAAUUCGGUAACCCACUUCUACCCUGCGCUUGACGGAACCUUUGUGAGGCCGGAACCGAUAUGCUAUAUCGCGCUGGCGGCCAGGGGACUGUUUUGGCAGAGGACCACCGAGUCUGUGAGAAGGGUUGGUCGGGACAGUUCCGGCGGGAGAACGCGGCAGUGAGGUCCUCGUCUUCGUCUCCUGAUAUGCACCGACAGAAUUUUCGACCCCCGACUCCUCCCUACCCCGGCGCGGGUGUAGGAGGUUGGGGUAGCGGGAGCAGCUUCCGGGGUACCCCGGGCGGAGGCGGACCGCGGCCGCCCUCCCCUCGGGACGGGUACGGGAGUCCGCAUCACACGCCGCCGUACGGGCCCCGGUCUAGGCCCUACGGGAGCAGCCACUCUCCGCGACACGGCGGCAGCUUCCCGGGGGGCCGAUUCGGGUCUCCGUCCCCUGGCGGCUACCCUGGCUCCUACUCCAAGUCCCCCGCGGGGUCCCAGCAGCAUUUCGGCUACUCCCCAGGGCAGCAGCAGACCCACCCCCAGGGUUCUCCAAGGACAUCUACACCAUUUGGAUCAGGGCGUGGUAGAGAAAAAAGAAUGUCUAAUGAGUUGGAAAAUUAUUUCAAGCCUUCAAUGCUUGAAGACCCUUGGGCUGGCCUAGAACCAGUAUCUGUAGUGGAUAUUAACCAACAAUACAGCAAUACUCAAACAUUCACAGGCAAAAAAGGAAGAUACUUUUGUUAACAUUUCUGAAAUUCACCCGGAAGCUUCAUGUGUCAGGAACAUCUUGGACAAAACUUUUACCCAUGUAAUUAAGUUGAACCCUAAGAUGGUGACUUUGAAUAAUUAGUUGAGUCUUCUUGGUAUUUUUCAUCAUAUCAAGUAUUGUUGAUAUUAGAAAAGACAUACAGUAGAAUAACUUGCAAUAUUUAGCUCUUUGAAAGUGCCUACCACAUUUUAGAAGAUUUACAGUUUCCAGAUAUUUAAAGUUCAUGGUUAUAUAAUGGACAUUUGUCUUUCAAUGGUUUUCCAGUGUUUUAAAAUAAAACAUUUUGUCUUUCUAGAUAUAUUGUGGUUUUGUCAUAUGCUAAAGAAGUAGAAUUAUUAAAAUAAUGCCUGUAAUCACUUGCUUAGAACUCAUAGGUAAAUAUUUUGCAUACUACUUUUGAAAAUGAAAUAAACCAUCCUUUGAGCUGUAGACAGUUCUAUAUUUGUUCACAGGGAAAGAGGGUGAAGGAAGAGAACAGAAAAGAAUUCUAUUCAUAUUUAUUAUAACCAUUGUUCUUUGUGCAUAUUUUAUGUAAUGCUUUUGUAAAUGCAUUGAAACUUGAUUGAAAGUCACAGAAACCCACUUAAAGGGUAUUUAUAUUUUUUAUACUCAUUUAACUGGAAAGGGCAAUGAUAGACCUAUUUCUUGCAUAGACAGAUUAAAGUGUUCUGUAUCUGAAUUUCUCAACAUCUCUCGAUAUUAUGGAGUCAUUUUCUCUUGAGAGCCAAGGAAGAUGGGUACCAGCAGUCUGAAAUCACUUCCUUUGUGAAGAGAACAUCUCCCAACACUGUCCAUCCCAGGAAAGACAGAUUUGUCAUGCCUGGAUCAUGUUUCUGUAGUCCUGAACUAAUAAUUGGCCAAGGCAGUGAGGCCUAAUUAGCUUGAACUAUGAACCUCCCCCAUAAUGAGAUAGGGUCCCAUAAUCUUCAGCCCCACUAGGCCUGCCUGGAUUAGAAGAGCGGUUUUCCAAAGGAAGGGCUGCUACGUGUGUAUACCUACAUUAACUAUUUCUCCCCAAAUAUUUAAACAAAACUGAGUCUUCUAACAUUCAGGCUUUUUAGAUAUCUUGAGAUCACAACAUGAUGAAGAUAGAGCUAGUUAAAAUUCUCUUUAAACAUUCCC